AUGCGUCACGCUUUGAUCCUUGUGUUUGUUUGCGGUCUCCUGAUCGCCUUUGCCUCGGCGGGUCUGCUGGGCGGUGGAGGAGGUGGUGGAGGCGGUGGCGGCUACGGAGGAAGCGGCGGUGGUGGCGGUGGCCAAGGAGGUUAUGGUGGAGGCGGUGGCCAUGGACAGAAGAAGAACGGAGGCGGCCAAGGAGGCUGGCAAAACGGAGGAGGAGGUGGUGGCCAAGGAGGCUGGCAGAAGAAUGGAGGCGGAGGAGGCGGUGGCCAAGGAGGCUAUGGAGGCGGCAAUCAAGGUGGCCAUGGAGGCGGCGGUGGUCAGGGCAGCUAUGGCGGCGGCCAAGGUGGACAUGGUGGUGGCAGCAAAUCCCUGGCCGGUAAUCGUGGCAGCUCCGUGUCCUGGCAGGGCGGCAAUGGAGGCGGCGGCGGCGGCGGCAACAAGCAUGGCGGCCAUGGUGGCAACGGAGGCGGUGGCAAGUACGGCGGCGGCGGCAGCGGCGGAGGUGGUGGUGGCCACCAUGGCGGCGGUGGCUGGUAA